CGCGUGUCGCUGUGCCGCAGCGCGGGCGGCGGCGUGCACAUCGAGCCGCGCUACCGGCAGUUCCCGCAGCUGACGCGCGCGCAGGUGAUCCGCGGCGAGGCGCUCUCGGGCUUCAUGUGGUUCUGGAUCCUGUGGCACUUGUGGCACAGCUCCGACAUGGUGCUGGGCCACUUCCCGUACCCCGACCCCGCCGCCUGGACCGACGAGGAGCUCGGCAUCCCCCCCGACGACGAGGAGUAGCCGGCGGCGCGGGUCGCCUUGUGUUCCGGGCGGCCCCGGCCC